CAACACGCCAUAAAUGUGUCACUUGUGUUUCUGCUGAGGGUGUGUCUGUCUCUGUAUGUGCGGGCAGAAAAGAGGAGGUCUUCUAAAUCAAACUAAACCGAGUAUCCCCACCCUUCUGCUCAGCGCUGUCAACCUACCUCAUCCAUAAACUGCCUUUAGUAGACUAAAUCUACAUUACGUAGUCCUACUUACCGGAUUAUUUACCACACCGAUGUAAAAGGAUUUUUUUCUACAACUUGAACUGAAUUGCGGAAAUCUCGUUGAAACCACACGGGAAGAUCCUGCUGCUUCAAACCAGAAGUGCCAUCAGCCACAGGAAUCGGUUUGUGUGUGUGUGUGUGUUUCCAGUGCAGUUUUAUUGCCCAAGUUGAUGUCUGCGUAGAGCUUGUUUUCAUUCUCAGUUCAACAAUGUAUCAAGUCGUAAGGAAGCUGUUUUUUACGGACUGCCAGUGCGCCGAAGAUGCGUCGAAAACGUACGAUGAUCUGUUCGCCAAGCUGGACACCAACAAGGAUGGAAAAGUGGAUGUGUCCGAGCUGAAGGCAGGCCUGGCUGCUAUGGGCAUCAAUUCCGGGAAAGAUGCAGCUCAGGAAAUAAUGUCCUCUGGAGACGAAGACAAAGAUGACGGGCUUGACUUCAUCGAGUUCUCCAAUUAUCUAAAGGAACAUGAGAAGAAGUUACGACUCACCUUCAAGAGCUUGGACAAAAACGAUGAUGGUCAAAUAGACUUAAUGGAGAUACAGCAGUCACUUGCAGAUCUGGGAAUGGACAUAAGCAAAGAGGAGGCGCAGAAGAUCCUUCAAAGUAUCGAUGUGGACGGCACUAUGACUUUGGACUGGAAUGAAUGGAGAGAGCAUUUCCUGUUUAACCCAGCCACCGACCUGCAGGAGAUUAUCCGAUUCUGGAAGCACUCUACGGUGCUGGAUAUUGGUGACAGCCUCUCUAUCCCAGAUGAGUUCACAGAGAAGGAGAAGACGACUGGUAUGUGGUGGAAGCAGCUAUCAGCGGGGGCCAUGGCCGGCGCCGUGUCCCGUACAGGAACCGCGCCGCUGGAUAGGAUGAAGGUGUUCAUGCAGGUGCAUUCCUCCAAGAGCAACCAAAUCAGCCUGGUUGGUGGUUUUAAGCAAAUGUUAAAAGAAGGAGGCUUGAUGUCUCUGUGGAGAGGAAACGGUAUCAACGUUCUGAAGAUUGCCCCUGAGACUGCCAUUAAAUUUAUGGCCUAUGAGCAGUUUAAGAAGUUGCUGUCGAGUGAACCAGGGAAGGUCAAGACCCAUGAGAGGUUCAUGGCUGGAUCACUGGCUGGAGCCACAGCACAAACUGUCAUCUAUCCCAUGGAGGUGAUGAAAACCCGUCUGACCCUGAGGAAGACCGGACAGUACUCAGGAAUGUUUGACUGUGCCAAAAAAAUCCUGAAGAGGGAGGGAGUGAAGGCGUUUUACAAGGGCUACAUUCCCAAUCUUAUAGGCAUCAUCCCUUACGCUGGCAUCGAUCUGGCAGUGUACGAGAGCUUGAAGAACCUCUGGUUGUCCCGCUACGCCAAAGACUCAGCCAAUCCCGGGGUUGUGGUGCUGCUGGGCUGUGGUACCCUGUCCAGCACGUGUGGCCAGCUGGCCAGCUACCCCCUGGCUCUGAUCCGCACCAGGAUGCAGGCACAAGCGUCUCUGGAGGGAUCAGAGCAGCUGCCCAUGAACGUUAUGGUGAAGAAGAUUCUGAAAAAUGAAGGCUUCUUUGGACUUUACCGUGGCAUCCUGCCAAAUUUCAUGAAGGUCAUACCGGCUGUCAGCAUCAGCUACGUGGUGUAUGAGCACAUGAGGUCUGAAUUGGGUAUUCAAAAGUAGGCAGCAGAGUCAUUUGUGACUAUGUGUGUUUGCGAGAGUGUAAGAGGAUUUGCAGCAACUUUUUUUUUAAAUUUCAAAACACAUCCUUUUUAACAUAUUAGGGAAACUGUUAUGUAAAUAAUUUGUUUAUCUGUAGGUCUCCAAAGUCUCAAUCUGCCGCAUAUGGAGCCAUUGUAGAAGUUUUUUAAGUGAUUGCAAGACCACAGAUUUAAGUGCACUGUCAGUUUCACUUUCAGUUGAAUCAACCAAAGAGGUGGAUAUUAAGAAUGAAUGAAAACCAAAAACACUUGGAGAGGUUCACUUUCUUAUAAUUGUUGAUGUGGGUAGAAAUGGCAAUAUUUUUUGUGUCAGUCAUUUUAAGGAUGGGUCCAGUUAUGUUGCAGGUUCUUCUAACAUUUUACCAGAAGGCACCAGCAAGUUCCAAAAAGUGAAACACUUGCUGAAGUGGGAUAACAAUAGACUAUAAAAUAAGGGGAUGACACUUUUUUUUUUGCUAUCUGUAUAGACAAACUGUUGUAAGAAAAUUUACAUUUUACAUUCAUUUAAAGACACUCGUCCAGCUUUAUAUUCAGUUUCCCAAAAUAUUGUUUGAGUGGGGAGCUGUUUCACCUAGAAAUCUGAGGGAACUUUUGAAGUGCAAUACUGUAUUUACACUUUGGUGAUUCACAUUCUGGUAUGUUUGAGACAGGUAUGUCCCUUUGGGAAUGGAUAUGUGCAAGUUUGGUGAACAGGGGAGUAAUGUGCCUUAUGUGAUUUUUCUCAGAUAUCUGUUGACUUUUACACCCCUCAUUUUUUUGCCUUUCUUUUCAGUAUUUGGUUCAUUAGAUGCUGGUGUUUACAUUAAUAAAAAAAUUGGAAUACAAAAGUGA